AUGGACGAAGACUUCACGUAUGAGAACCUAAAUGGACUCAAAUAUCUCAAUGCAGUCAUCAAUGAGACCCUACGGCUCGCACCCCCUCUCAGCUCCGUUCAGAGGGUGUCCGUCGAGGACUACAAACUCGGAAACACAGGGAUUACAGUACCGAAGGGAACUACGUUAGAGUUUCAGCCCUAUAUACUCCAUAGAGAUCCCUUGAAUUUUGAUGAUCCGGAACAGUUCAUACCCGAGAGGUUUGUGAAUCCCACGCACCAUCCCUACGCGUUUGUACCGUUUGGUGGCGGACCCCGACUUUGCAUCGGACAACGGUUUGCCUUAAAUGAGAUGCGAAUGUGUAUCGCAAAGUUGAUACAUAAAUACGAGUUCACGACAGCACCGGGAUUUAAGUUAGACUAUUUCACUGGUAACUUUUUGCUAACUCCUAAACAAGUGUUGGUCAACAUUAAGAGACGGUAGAUAAUGAUUGAAUCAAAUAUACUGUAUUUUCAACCUUUUUUAUAUAGUCACCGAUCUUACGAUAAACUUACACGUAAAAAAGUUAUUUUUAAUUUUGUACUAUUGACUUAUGUUUUAUAUGUAUUCUAUAU